AUGGCACCACCUACCUUCACCAAUUCCAACGGAUGUCCUAUUCCUGAACCUUUUGCUACCCAAAGAGUGGGCAAGCACGGUCCCUUGUUGUUGCAGGACUUCAAUUUGAUCGACUCUUUGGCGCACUUUGACCGCGAGAGAAUCCCCGAAAGAGUGGUCCAUGCCAAAGGUUCUGGCGCCUAUGGUGUUUUCGAAGUGACCGACGACAUCACAGACAUUUGUUCCGCCAAGUUUUUGGACACCGUGGGCAAGAAAACCAAGGUGUUCACGCGUUUCUCCACUGUGGGCGGUGAGCUGGGGUCGGCUGACGCGGCCAGAGACCCUCGUGGUUUCUCCACCAAGUUGUACACGGAAGAAGGCAACUUGGAUCUUGUGUACAACAACACGCCGGUGUUUUUCAUCCGUGACCCUUCCAAGUUCCCGCACUUCAUCCACACGCAGAAGCGGAACCCGGAGACCCACUUGAAGGACGCCAACAUGUUCUGGGACUACUUGACGUCGAACGAAGAGUCGAUCCACCAGGUCAUGACGUUGUUCUCGGACCGUGGUACCCCAAGAUCUUACCGUGAGAUGAACGGUUACUCGGGCCACACAUACAAGUGGUCCACUAAGGAUGGCAACUGGCACUACGUGCAAGUGCACUUCAUCUCGGACCAGGGCGUCAAGACUUUGACCAACGAAGAGGCUGGCAAGUUGGCGGGCGAGAACCCUGACCAUGCCCAAGAGGAUUUGUUCCGCAACAUUGCCGACGGAAACUUCCCUAGCUGGACCUGCUACAUCCAGACCAUGACUGCUCAACAGGCCAAGGAGGCUCCAUUCUCUGUCUUUGACUUGACAAAGGUCUGGCCACACAAGGAUUACCCCUUGCGCCGUUUCGGUAAGCUCACCUUGAACGAAAACCCCAAGAACUACUUUGCUGAGGUCGAACAGGCGGCAUUCUCUCCUGCCCACACCGUGCCAUACAUGGAACCUUCCGCUGACCCAGUGUUGCAAUCGAGAUUGUUCUCUUAUGCAGACACUCACAGACACAGAUUGGGACCCAACUACACUCAGAUCCCAGUCAACUGUCCUAUCACCGGCGUGUUCAACCCUCACAUGAGAGAUGGUGUCAUGAAUGUCAAUGGUAACUUGGGUUCGACGCCAAACUACCUCGCAAGCAGCGAGCCCGUUGAGUUCCGCCAAUUCAGUCUCCAAGAGGACCAGGAGGUGUGGAGCGGCGCUGCUUGUCCAUUCCACUGGAAGGCUACCGACGCUGAAUUCACUCAGGCAACUGCGUUGUACAAUGUUUUGGCUAGAUACCCAGGCCAGCAGAGAAACUUGGCCCACAACGUUGCAGUCCAUGUGAGUGCGGCCGACAAGCCUAUCCAAGAGCGUGUCAUCAAGUACUUUGGUAAAGUGAGUGCAGAGUUGGCCGCAAACAUCAAGAAGGAGCUCGAGGCUAUCUAG